AACAAUGACAUAUGUCAUCUAAAGAAUUCCGAAUUCCGAUAUAACCUAUUACGUGCCGUUUAUGUUCUCGUAAUAUAGAAAUAAUCAUAUUAUGGCGUCUUUAAAAGUGUAUUCAGUGGGUCGACUAGCAAAAUGCAUAACAGAUUCUACGCUAAGAAAUUUACGAACGAGUUAUUACAGAAGUUCAGUCCGCUGCUACGGAACGGAAGAAAAGCCAGUGGAGAAGGAGGCACCGGCCGACAAAGACAGCAAACAGCUGCCGAGCUCAGUGGAAGAGUGUCACAAACAGAUAGAAGAACUUACUUCAGAGUUAAAGACUUUAAAGGAUCAAGCGAAGGACUAUGAAGAUAAGUAUAAGAGGGCGCUCGCCGACGGUGAAAACGUGCGACGCCGGAUGAUGAAGCAAGUGGAAGACGCCAAGUCGUUUGCAAUCCAGAGUUUCUGUAAAGAUCUGCUUGAUGUGGCGGACACGCUGUCGGCGGCGGCGGAGAGCGUGCCGGCGGAGGGCGGCGCGGAGGGCGGCGCCGCGCUGCGCUCGCUCGCCGACGGGCUGCGCCUCACGCGCGCGCAGCUUGCGCAGGUAUUCGCGAGACACGGGCUGGUGGCGGUGUCGCCGCUUCGAGAGAAAUUCGACCCGAACUUGCACGAAGCUUUAUUCCAGCAGGAAGUAGAAGGCGCCGAGGCGGGCACAGUGGUGACGGUGAGCAAGGUGGGCUACAAGCUGCACGAGCGCUGCGUGCGGCCCGCGCUCGUCGGCGUCGCCAAGUGAGGGGUGGCGCAGGGCGCUGCGCUGGGGCCUUUGCUGUUCCUCAUCUAUGCCGAUGGGGCUAGAGCAAACACGCGACCUACCGUACACGAUUUUAUAUUUACACCGCUCCGGGAUUUAGAUAUGAUAAGAUUCGAAAUUAAAGAAAGUAUUUAAACAUAGGAUUUUUUUACCGUGUUGAUUUUUUAUAUCUGAUUUCGUACUUUCUUUAGUUUUGAAGUUAUAUAAAUAAUGUUAUAGCUCCUUAAGUUUUCUAUACUUCACAGUACAUUCGAUGUGAUCGUGGAUUCAGUUUUCCGCUCGUCGUGUAGAACCCGCGGCGUUGAUAUAUCAAAUUUAAAUUUUUUUCACUUCAUACGUUUGCAAUGUUUCGUAUAAAUAAUGAAAAAAAUAUAUAUAAAUAUUUAUCGCCAUGCAUUUAUACCAAAUAAAAAAAUGUUUAUUGUAAAAAGUUAGCUAUUUUAUUUCUGAGGUGAAAAAAAAGUCUAAACAUAUUUAGAAUUUGUAAAUUUCCUUUAUUAAUUGUCUUCAGCUGAGAUCAUUAAAGGUAACUAGAUACACAUUACCAUACAAAAACUAACUUUAACUCAAAUAUGUUCGUCCGAAUUGUAGUCGAAAGAAAGAAACGUUAAAGAAAAAUGAAUCUUAUUGGCAUAAUUCGAAGGUCCAUUUGCAAAACGUACCAAAAUCAAUAAAUUUUGACCACCUAGUUGGUGAAUAUACAUCUAUAUAAAUUGAACCUUAUUCCAAUGAGUUAAAGGUCGGGAUUGUAAAGCACCGAAUCUCGUUUAUCAACGAUUGUGUAUAGUUGUGUUUAAUGAUCAUAGCUUCAGUUAUAUAAAUGUGUAAAAUAUAAUUUCUGCGAAAUUUUAAAGCAACGAAAUAUUAAAAAUUAUUCAAGGUUCGAACUAACUAGAAAACAACAGGGCAUGUAGAAUUUAUUCUAAAGUAUGGUCACAAACUACGAAAAAUUUCGUAUAUGUAUGUAAUACCUGGUGUAACCCAUCUCUGUCGCUCCUACGUUAAAAUAAUGCGUCCCUUUCACUCGUCGCUCCGUCGUGCGAACGGGACACAUUAUUUUUACACAGGAGUGACUGAGACAGGUUAUACCGGGUCAAUAUACGAAAUUCUCCAUAGUUCACGACCCUAGUAUAUCCUAUUGUAAAACUUUGUACGUAAAAAGAAAUAUUUAUUUUUACAAAAAAAAUCAUAUCACGCGUCGAUUUGAGCCAAGUUUCACCUGCCUAGGAUCAAUUUCGUGCACUUAUAUCAAAGUGUAAGGUCUAGGCACAGACCACAAUUAUAGACUUCAUAUUUUUAUUUGGCCCUUAGCUUCGCCCAUCAGUUGGAAUGAAAAUUCCCCUGGUAUUUGUAUAUUUCUGCGCUGUACAAAGUGACUUAUACCACUCUCUAGCCAACUAUGUUCGGACACACAAAUAUCAUACUUGUAGAACCGUUGUGACGUGAAAGAAAGACAAACAAACACAUUUUCAUAUGUAUAAUUCUGCUCUCCUCCCAUAAAUAAAUUCAAUUUCCGGGGAAUUUGCUAGGUAAAAGCUAUUCUGUGUCCAUUCUUGGGUCAUAAACCAUCUUUGCACCAAAUGUUUAAUUCUUAGCAAUUUUCAAAUCGUGAAACUAAUCGAGUGCCGAAAUUUGGCAGUUCAGGCAGGAAGAAUAGACAGACAGACAGACAGAUAAUUACUUUCGCAUUUAUAAGUUAAAAAUAUAAAUGCCAUAGCUAUCACAAGAAAACAAAUAAAGCUCGAUUACAAAAUAUAGCUUAGACAAUGAAUUUAGAUUUUUCAAUCUAGUCUUUCGGUCUGUGCUUAGGCUCCAAUAGACAGGUGUACAAAUGGUCUAUGUGGUCUAUGACCACCUCAUCCCGAAUUUGAAGCCCCCAUUUGCUGAGCAACAGUCAACUAUGUUGCUAGAAGUUGAUUUAACGACUUUGUUGCUGACAUGGUACCAAGAAUGCUAUUCUUACAGUCUGAACCCGCACAUGUAGGAAACUAGGAUGAUUUUAUUCCAAAUGAUUUAGGUAUUGUUAUAGAUGUAGUGUAGUCACUAGAUUUGUGUAAUUGCGAGGGUGGAUGUGGAUUUGUUGAAUAAAAUGUUGUUAUGGA